ACGCCUCUCGGGGAGGGCCAGUCCCUGGGUCUAGGCAGGCAUCCUGGUGGUCUCCAGCGGGUUUCCACUCCUGCGGAGGCCGGGAUUGGGGGUUGGGGCGGCAAAGAGCGCAGGCGCAGUGCCCGCGUCUGGCGCCCCUUUCCUUGCUGGUCGCCCCUGGCAGUCCAGGCUGCAGUGGUCCCCACCGAGCGUGCGGUGGCCUCAGCUGACUAGGGAGGCCAAACCGGGAGCGCCGCUCGAGGAGAGUCCGCUAGAGCCCCGGGAGCAUCCGCUUUGCCGUGACUUGCAGAAUUUAUCUGAAGAAAUGGAUAAUUCUCCAUCCAAAAAAUAUCCAGUUAAAAAACGGGUAAAAAUCCAUCCCAACACAGUUAUGGUGAAAUACACCUCUCAUUAUCCCCAACCUGGAGACGACGGGUACGAAGAAAUCAACGAAGACUACGGCAGAUUCAUGGAGGAGAAUCCGAAGAGAAGCCUGCUAAGUGAGCUGAAGAGAAAAGGAAGAACUUUGUUUGGAACCAUGGACCCUCAGCCUCCACCAACCGACGACUCAAGAGGCAGUGGGAUGGCACAGUUCCAGAGCUUUGCAGAAAAAAACAUUUUUCAGUCCCGAAAAAUGUGGCUAGUGCUGUUUGGCUCUGCCUUGGCUCAUGGAUGUGUGGCUCUCAUCACUAGGCUUGUGUCUGACCGCUCUAAAGUUCCAUCUCUAGAAUUGAUCUUUAUCCGUUCUGUGUUGCAGGUCUUAUCGGUGUUAGUUGUGUGUUAUUACCAGGAAGCUCCUUUUGGACCCAGCGGAUACAGACUACGACUUUUCUUUUACGGUGUAUGCAAUGUGAUUUCUAUCACCUGCGCUUACACCUCCUUUUCAAUAGUUCCUCCCAGCAACGGGACGACGAUGUGGAGAGCCACAACCACAGUCUUCAGUGCCGUCCUAGCGUUCCUACUUGUGGACGAGAAAAUGGCUUAUGUUGACAUGGCUACAGUGGUUUGCAGUAUCUUAGGGGUUUGUCUCGUCAUGAUUCCCAACAUCGUUGACGAAGACAACUCUUUGUUAAAUGCCUGGAAAGAAGCCUUUGGGUACACUAUGACUGUGAUGGCUGGACUGACCACUGCCCUUUCGAUGAUAGUGUACAGAUCCAUCAGGGAGAAGAUCAGCAUGUGGACUGCACUGUUCACCUUUGGUUGGACUGGGACACUCUGGGGAGUAUCUACUAUGUUUGUCCUUCAAGAACCUAUUAUCCCUUUAGACGGAGAGACGUGGAGCUAUCUCAUUGCUAUAUGUAUCUGUUCUACUGUAGCAUUCUUAGGAGUUUAUUAUGCCUUAGACAAAUUCCACCCAGCUUUGGUCAGCACAGUACAGCAUCUGGAGAUUGUGGUAGCUAUGGUCUUACAGCUUCUAGUGCUACACAUAUUUCCUAGUGUUUAUGAUGUUUUUGGAGGGGUGAUCAUUAUGACUAGUGUAUUCGUCCUUGCUGGCUAUAAACUGUACUGGAGGAAUGUAAGGAGGGAAGAUUAUCAGGAAAUACUGGACUCUCCCAUUAAAUGAACACCUGGUUAUUAUUAUCUUGUUAAUGUCUAGUUAUUAACAUGUACAUUGCCCUUUUAAUAUUUACCUGUGGAUGUCUUUUAUGUUAUAUAAUUGAUAGAGUGCUAUAUAGUAUAAAUAAUUAUGCAGACGCAGGAAGAUAUUCCAGACCAAUAUAUUAAAGCAUAAAUAUUAAAUAGAUGAAAUAUGUCAUGAACUUUGUGUAUUUAUAAUUAUUAAUAAAAGUAAUUGUGGUAGAAGGGUAUCAUUCUCCAUCACCAAAGAUACAAGACUAGGAGUCUCCAAUUGAAUCUUUGUGGUUAUAAACUUCUUUUUUUUAAUUUAUUUUAGGUUAUAAACUUCUAAAACCUGAAAAAUGUUUUUGUUUUGUUUUGAGAAAGGGUCUUUCUGUGAAGUCCUGGCUGUCCUGUAGAUCAGACUGGUCUUGAACUCACAGAGACCUGUCUGCCUCUGUCUCUCGAGUGUUGGCAUUAAAGGUGUGAGCCACUAAGCCUGGGGAGAAAUGUUUAUUCUUUUUUUUUUUUUAAACAGGGUUUCUCUGUUUAGCCUUGGCUGUUCUGAGAGCUGGGAUUAGAGUCAUGCACCACCAUUGUCCAGCUGAACAAAGUUUAUUCUUAAUGUUCUACAGAUGUGCAGCAAGCAUCCUUCAACAUUCAAAAAUAUUCAUUCAUGAAAAUUACACAUAGGAUAAAAUGUUGGACACCUAGCUAAAGUCCAUAUUUCCACUAAAAAUCUAAAGGCCUAGAGUUGAGAUAAGUAAGGGGAGUAAAGAAAAGGUGGAUUUUCAGGAGCUGGAAAGUUUGUCUUAUAAUAGGCCACAUUAGGCAAUAUAUAGGGAAUGA